GGACUCAUAAAUUCCAUUAUAUAUACACAUACACACACACUUCCUUCACACACACUCUCUCUCAAACUCUCUCCUCUCUCCCUCUCAACACAUCUCCCUUCAUCACUCCCUGCAGUGUCCUCCAAAACAUCAUCAUUUCCUCUGCUCUCCAUCUCUCUCCUGCUCUGUCAUGAAACACACACUCACUCGCUCAAACUAACUCAUUCUCCUCCUCAUCAACCUUUCCUCGUCAACUCCAAUGGCGGAACCAGCUCUCCCGGAGCCCAAAACGAUGCCCGAAUCCGACAAGAAGAAGACAGAACAGAGCUUACCGUUCUACCAGCUCUUCGCCUUCGCUGACAAGUACGAUUACCUCUUAAUGACCACCGGAAGCCUCGGCGCCAUUGUUCACGGCUCCUCCAUGCCGGUAUUUUUCCUCCUCUUCGGUGAAAUGGUAAACGGCUUCGGUAAAAACCAGUUCGAUCUCCACAAAAUGACCGACGAAGUCUCCAAGUACGCUCUGUAUUUUGUUUACCUGGGCUUGGUGGUUUGCUUUUCAUCGUAUGCAGAGAUUGCAUGUUGGAUGUAUAGUGGGGAGAGGCAGGUGAGUGCGUUGAGGAAGAAGUAUUUGGAGGCUGUGUUGAAGCAAGAUGUGGGAUUUUACGAUACGGAUGCCAGGACUGGGGAUAUAGUGUUUAGUGUUUCGACGGACACGCUUCUUGUUCAAGAUGCCAUUAGUGAAAAGGUGGGGAACUUUAUCCAUUAUCUUUCCACAUUUCUGGCGGGACUGGUGGUUGGUUUUGUGUCCGCGUGGAAGCUAGCACUGCUUAGCAUUGCAGUCAUCCCUGGAAUUGCAUUCGCUGGUGGAUUGUAUGCUUACACUCUUACCGGUCUCACGUCCAAGAGUCGUGAAUCAUAUGCUAAUGCUGGCAUAAUUGCUGAGCAGGCCAUUGCACAAGUCAGAACAGUAUACUCAUAUGUUGGUGAAAGCAAGGCUCUAGAUUCAUACUCAGAUGCCAUACAAAAUACAUUGAAGCUAGGAUAUAAAGCUGGGAUGGCCAAAGGAUUGGGACUAGGAUGUACAUAUGGAAUUGCAUGUAUGUCAUGGGCCCUUGUUUUUUGGUAUGCGGGUGUAUUUAUCAGAAAUGGACAGACGGAUGGCGGGAAAGCUUUUACUGCCAUAUUUUCCGCAAUCGUUGGUGGCAUGAGUUUAGGCCAGUCCUUUUCAAACCUUGGCGCAUUCAGCAAGGGCAAGAUAGCUGGGUACAAGUUAAUGGAGAUUAUCAAGCAAAAACCGUUGAUAUUCCAGGAUCCAUCUCAAGGAAAAUGUUUGGAUGAGGUCAAUGGAAACAUUGAAUUCAAAGACGUGACCUUCAGCUACCCUUCACGCCCUGAUGUUAUCAUCUUCCAAGGUUUCUCAAUAUACUUCCCAGCAGGGAAGACAGUUGCGGUUGUUGGUGGUAGUGGAUCAGGCAAAAGCACUGUUGUUUCACUUAUAGAAAGAUUCUAUGAUCCUAGCCAAGGUCAGAUAUUACUCGACAGUGUGGAUAUAAAGACACUCCAGUUGAAAUGGUUGCGUGAUCAGGUGGGUCUUGUAAACCAAGAACCUGCACUCUUUGCCACCACCAUACUAGAAAAUAUACUCUAUGGAAAGCCUGAUGCAACUAUAGCUGACGUGGAAGCCGCCUCUUCUGCUGCUAAUGCUCAUAGCUUCAUUACCUUGCUUCCUAAUGGGUAUAAUACUCAGGUGGGAGAGCGAGGAGUUCAACUCUCAGGUGGUCAGAAGCAAAGGAUUGCAAUCGCAAGAGCUAUGCUAAAGAAUCCCAAAAUCCUUCUCCUUGAUGAAGCAACUAGUGCCCUUGAUGCAGGUUCUGAAAGCAUUGUUCAGGAAGCUCUAGACCGCCUGAUGGUUGGGAGAACUACUGUGGUAGUUGCUCAUCGUCUCUCGACCAUAAGAAAUGUUGAUUCAAUUGCAGUUCUACAACAAGGUAAAGUUGUUGAGACAGGGACACACGAAGAAUUGAUUGCUAAAGCUGGCGCCUACGCUUCUUUAAUCAGAUUCCAGGAAAUGGUGGGAAAUAGAGACUUUUCGAAUCCUUCAACUCGUCGUGCUCGCUCAUCACGGUUAAGCUAUUCGUUGUCAACAAAAUCUCUAAGUCUUCGAUCAGGGAGUUUAAGAAAUCUGAGCUAUCAAUAUAGCACUGGUGCUGAUGGCCGUAUAGAGAUGGUGUCAAAUGCAGAAACUGAUAAAAAAAAUCCUGCUCCAAGAAAUUAUUUCUUCCGGCUUUUAAAAUUGAAUGCUCCUGAAUGGCCUUAUUCAAUCAUGGGUGCUGUGGGAUCCAUUCUUUCUGGUUUUAUCGGUCCAACUUUUGCUAUAGUGAUGAGCAAUAUGAUUGAGGUAUUCUACUAUCGCAAUCCUGCAAGCAUGGAAAGGAAGACAAAGGAAUUUGUUUUUAUUUACAUUGGAGCAGGUUUAUAUGCUGUAGUUGCAUAUUUGAUACAACAUUAUUUCUUCAGUAUAAUGGGAGAGAAUCUUACAACAAGAGUGAGGAGGAUGAUGCUUGCGGCAAUCCUAAGAAAUGAAGUUGGAUGGUUCGACGAGGAUGAGCAUAACUCGAGCCUUGUUGCAGCUCGCUUAGCAACUGAUGCAGCCGAUGUGAAAUCUGCCAUUGCUGAAAGGAUCUCGGUUAUAUUGCAAAACAUGACAUCCCUUCUCACUUCAUUCAUUGUUGCCUUCAUAGUGGAGUGGAGGGUGUCACUCCUCAUCUUGGCCACCUUCCCUCUUCUUGUGUUAGCCAACUUUGCCCAGCAACUUUCUCUGAAAGGAUUUGCUGGAGACACUGCCAAGGCACAUGCAAAAACCAGCAUGAUUGCAGGGGAAGGAGUAAGUAACAUUCGGACAGUUGCAGCCUUUAAUGCACAGGACAAGAUCCUCUCCCUGUUUUGCCAUGAACUCCGUCUCCCGCAGCUCCAAAGCCUUCGUCGCAGCCAAUCUGCUGGCAUUCUCUUUGGGCUCUCGCAGCUUGCUCUUUAUGCUUCUGAAGCUCUGAUCCUUUGGUAUGGUGCUCACCUAGUUAGCAGAGGUGUUUCUACAUUCUCAAAGGUUAUUAAGGUUUUUGUGGUCUUAGUCAUCACGGCCAAUUCAGUUGCUGAAACUGUUAGCCUCGCACCUGAGAUUAUCAGGGGCGGUGAAGCUGUUGGAUCUGUAUUUUCUAUUCUCGAUAGAUCAACAAAAAUAGAGCCUGAUGAUCCUGAUGCUGAGCCAAUCGAAACAAUUCGUGGUGAAAUUGAACUAAGACAUGUUGACUUUUCAUACCCUUCACGUCCUGAUGUUGUUGUGUUUAAGGACUUUAGCCUCAGAAUCCGAGCUGGCCAGAGCCAAGCACUUGUUGGGGCUAGUGGGUCAGGAAAGAGUUCAGUAAUAGCACUAAUUGAACGGUUCUAUGAUCCAACAGCUGGAAAAGUUAUGAUUGAUGGAAAAGAUAUCCGACGUUUGAAUUUGCAGAGCCUGAGGCUUAAAAUUGGCUUGGUGCAACAAGAGCCUGCUCUUUUUGCCUCGAGCAUUCUUGAUAACAUUGCCUAUGGAAAGGAUGGUGCAACAGAAGCAGAAGUCAUUGAAGCAGCUCGUGCAGCAAAUGUGCACACAUUUGUUAGCGGUUUGCCUCAAGGUUACAAGACCCCAGUAGGUGAACGAGGAGUACAACUCUCUGGAGGACAAAAACAAAGGAUUGCAAUAGCUCGGGCAGUUCUAAAAAAUCCAUCAAUACUUCUACUAGAUGAAGCCACAAGUGCACUUGACGCUGAAUCUGAAUGCGUUCUACAAGAAGCACUCGAAAGGCUAAUGAGGGGUCGGACAACAGUGCUGGUAGCUCAUCGACUAUCAACAAUACGAGGGGUGGACAGUAUCGGUGUUGUUCAAGAGGGAAGGAUUGUAGAGCAAGGCAGUCACUCAGAACUAAUCAGCCGACCGGAAGGCGCUUAUUCCAGACUGUUGCAGCUACAAUACCAUCACAUCUGAUAAAGCGAAUUAAAGAAUCAAGUUAAUCAACAUGGGCAGUGUGCUUGGGGUGGAGUAAUAUAUUUUGGGUCCAUUAACCAUUGUUUUCACUUUCUUUAUGUAUAAUGUAGAUAUGGGGAUGUGAAAGACUCUAAUUCUGUGAACCAUGACUCCAUUUCAAGUGGAGAAUCAUAUGUUAUAUUUUUUUAAAUUAAAUCUAUGAUCCAUUAUCCUGUUUUUUUAAA